CCUUGAGCACAAAAGGGACAGCGAAUAUCUGGGUGAUAGGGAUGUGUACAAUGAGGAAAUGUUGGACACCCUUCGACACUGAUGGUGGCGGCUGCAAUAGAGAUAAUGUUGAUGGCAUAGGUGAUGAAUUCCGCAGCCAAGACGCACCGCACAUAGAAGACAAAGGAGGGGCCGAUCUCAGCCAGCGUGGGGGGGCAAAUGAAGAAGAAGAAGAAGAAGAAGAAGAAGAAGAAGAAGAAGAAGAAGAAGGGGAGGAGGAGGAGGAGGAAGAAGAAGAAGAAGAAGAAGAAGAAGAAGAAGAAGAAGAAGAAGAAGAAGAAGAAGGGGAGGAGGAGGAGGAAGAAGAAGAAGAAGAAGAAGAAGAAGAAGAAGAAGAAGAAGAAGAAGAAGAAGAAGAAGAAGAAGAAGAAGAAGAGGAGGAAGAAGAAGAAGAUGAUGAAGAUGAUGAAGAUGAAGAAGAAGAAGAAGAAGAGGACGCUGGCAAAGAGGAAGGAGAAGGAGAGGGAGGGGGAGAGGGAGAGGAAGGCGGAGGGGAAACGAUUGUGUGCGUGGCAGUGCAAAAUGGAGUGCUUGAGAUCGGGACGACGCAGAUGGUCCCUGAAGAUCUGCCCCUGGUGCUGCUUUUGCGAUCCGUCUUCAAUGGAAAGAAGGAUGUCCGACAGCUGGCGGAAGCUAACGAUCGGCUCUUUGCUCCAGCUGCUAGCCUUCACGCAAGUGCUGUUUUUGCUGCAGCUAUCGCUGCUGCUGUUGCAGCCCAUGCUGGGAGCACAGAGACCGAGUCACAGACUCAGCAUACGAAGGCAGUGCCGGAGGCGCUUUUAUUGGAGGGGAAAUCGGAGACUGGUUCUAGCACCGACAAGGAUUCGAGGAGCCAGUCUGUGACGUCGAAGACCACAUCAGCCUGCCGAUCACCUUGUCUGUCAAGCAUGAGCGAAAACAGACUGCAGAGCUUAGUCGACCGCACCAGAUCGAUGUUAACGAUAGUGGCAGAAGAGUCCAAGUCCCGAGCUGGAGAGGACACGUCUGCAGAAACAGCUUGCCAAGUAUCUGCAAAUCAGGGAAGCCAGACACUACGGGCAUCUGUAGAUUCUGUGGUACCUGUUAGCGGAGACGCUCCUCACGGAAGCGAUUUGCCUGUCAGCAGCACGUGGUGGGACGAGCUACCGGAGAGUAUCGUCUACAAUCUCCCCCUGCAUAAGGAACCCGCUGCCUGCCCAAGCGGGCCUUCAUGUACACCGCGGGAAGAUAGCAGAUGGAUUUCGGAAGACCGUUCCGAUCAAGACAAUGCGAAAGAAUCAGUAAACGGGGAUGUGGCCUGCGAGUGGGUCAGGAUAACAGCGUCAGAAGAAAGGGGAGACGGCGGCCAGGAGAAGGGCUUGGUGAAGGAGGGUGAUCUUCUGAUGGAUCUUCCUGACUUGGAAUUAUCGUAUGCCAAAGACUCCCUGGAUUUGUUGUCAAUGAACCCACUUUCAGAUCCCUUGAGAGAUUGGCCAUGGGACGAGCAGCAAGUGCGAAUAGGUGACGAGGACCCAUACCUCACUUCACUAAUGGCCCCUGAUCAGGUGUCACCAGUCCCAGUCACCUCCCCAGAGAGUCAAUACGUGGCAUGCACUGCACCGCUGCACACGACUGCAUCGGCAUGCUACUCCGCAGCAACGGAGCCUCGCUCUGAUAGCUGCAGGAGUGAAAGUGUUAAUCGUGAUGGUGUCCCCAGCUCAGAGAAACCGAAUGCCAAGUUGGCGCAAUCAUCUUCAGUAACCUUCAGGAGCGACGGUGAUUCAAGCUCAGGGGUGAGCGUCAGCGUCAGCGAAGCACCAAAUCUCCUUGCUCACACGAAUGGAGUCCCAAAACUCUCGACAACAAAUCAUCCAAUCCUUGCUCAGACCAAAGGUUCACACAGCUACAGUCACCACACGGGCCUCGACGGCCUCGACCAUACUAGAAGAGGUGCUGACAUUACAAAUGGAGUCCAGAGCGUUCAUAGAUCUGUGCAUCAAGAGGAUCAGCAGCGUAACUCUAAUGAUCCAGUGCGAAGCAUGAAGAGGAAGCAGAAAGAGAGCUCGGGAAACAUGGACUGGAAUGCAAACUCUUUAUUGGCCACAAAACCUGAAACAGAAAAGAGGACAUGCAACAAGCAUCCUGCAAGGCAUGCUGCGCCAGAACCGGAGCCAGAGUUAAGGCACAGACAAGGUCCGGAGAUUGCCGCUUUGUUGCCUCCCUCCAUCCACAGAAGUAGGAGUGGCACCCAUGGAAGUGGAAGCAUGUCAUCCUAUUUGCAGCCUGCAAAGCUGGGGGAGGACAGUGUGGGAAUGGUUGUAAACGGCAGCGGCCCAAGGCAAGUGGCAAAUGGAGAUGAGCCAGCACUCAAGAGGCUGAAGCGGGAAACAAAGCUUGCCCCAAAGAGUUUUCCCAAGCUGGAGGGGAAUGACUGCAUUACUUUUGUGGGGCCCAUAGACAGCUCCACCGCCGAUCCCCUUGUACGAACAACAAUGCGACCAUCGCCACUGUUUGUCGCUCCACAGCAGCCACGACUGUCGCCACAGCCGCAGGCGCAGUCACUCCAGCAACCACCAAGUUUUCUCAAGACUCCAGACCUGGCCACCAAUGAGGUCCUGGGACCGACUUCUGCUUCCUACGUUCAUCCGGUUUCUCAGCCUCACCCUGGGGAAAGGCGUGAUGACCUGAGCUUCUUCACGAGCACGUUGCUGACAUCCAGUUCAUUGACGCUUCCAGGCUCCAAUCGACAUGGUGAACGAUGUUUGCCUGGAGGCGACUCACUGGCAGGUUGCGGCGGGAUUGCUGCAGGGGCUCCAUUUACGACACGUUUUAGUGCAGCUCGUGGAGUUGGUCCGGAUUCAAGAAGCAAUAUGGGCUCAUCUGCCGUCCUUCACGCAGAUGAUGCGAACCUGGUGGCCAGAACUGAAGCGGUUUCAGACCGUAUCAAGGAGUCUCAGGCAGGGCCCCUUACCUUGGAACAAGAGGCGCGAUUACCUCCUGCAACCUUCUCGUCCUUGCCUUUGAGACCUCCGCAGCAGCUCGUGCUGAACAGUGGAGGAGGUGAGGUUCAGAGCAGUCUAAACCAACUUGUAAGCACACCAGCCCCUUUCUCAUCCAGAUGGGAGGGAGAUUUACGUGCAAUGACAAUGUCAGCAGUGACAUCGAGCACCACGACUUGGGACGACCGAUCCGGAAAAAGGAUGGAUGGCCACAAUAGCAACGUUCGGUUGGCGUCCAAUCUGCCCUCAAGUCUUACUUGCCCUUCAUUUGAUUGCACUCCACGUCUUGACAGUCGUGGAGACGUGUGGAAGUCGGAGAUCACCACCCGCCAUGAGACAAGUUACUCCAACCAGGGUUGGUGUUGUUUGAGCGUAUCCGAUGGAAUGCAACGCUCGAAUGACUGCAGCUUGGCAGAGACAGUGGCGCAACCGGCAGGGGAGGUAUCGGCAAGGGGCAAGGGGGGACGGUGUCGAGAAGGAAACUGGUCACAAAGGGAGGCGAUUCCAAGUUUGUCAUCGGUCGACAUCACUCAGUUUCACCAAGCCAGCUCCUCACCAGCGAAGAACUCCAUUGGCACUAAGCCGAUAGUUGAUGGUGUCCGUCUGGACACCCCCUCGCAUGUUCAUCAUACGAGACAAAAGGCACCGCUCCGGUCCAAUCAGACAGAAGCUUCUACUGCUGCUUUACAGAACUUCCACAAGGGUGACCUAGAACAGAGUAGUAUGGUGCCGUUUAACGUGCAAGCCGAGCAACAAUUAAGUCCUUCCACGGAGAUGCGAGAUGGAGCAGAAGCUUCCCUAGUAAGUUUUCUGGGCGGGUUGCACAACUUUCACCCUCGCUGUCAGGAAGGCAAUGGAACACGCCCUUUCACAGACAUCCUGAACAAAGAUAUACUGCCCAUUGAUAUGCCAACAGGAGCAGACAACUACGCUGAUUGGCCUUGGGAGGUGGCCGGGAUUAACAACAGAGAGGCCUUGCCGCAAGGGGUGAAGAGGAAAUGGACAGCUGAGGCUUUGACAAGAGCAAUCCUGAAGACGACGUCACCUUCGCAGUCCUUGGCACCUUCAUGGCUCCCAAAUCUGUGGUGGUCUGCAGACGACAUCCCUGUCACAACACGCUAAGAUCAUCGAGGUCAUCAGGUAAACUCCCAUUAAACUUUUUUCGCUCUCCUCCUCUCUCUAUCUUACAUGUGGUGUCAUUUUGCUGUGCUAGUGGAGUGGGGCAUGGGAAGGGGGAGGGAGGAGGGAGGAGGGGAGGAGGGGAGGAGGGGAGGAGGGAUUAAAGAACCUAGAAAUUGUGCAAGACUAA